GCGACGCAACCGCAUCGCCACCCGCGCUCGCUCCCGCCGCGUAAACACGCCACGAUACUCGCGCAAAACGAUCCCAUCACAUGUUCACGUGCUGUGCCAAAUGUUGUGACCAGUUAACUUAGUGCCCCGUGAUAGUGUGAAGUGACCCGAGCUGUGCGCUACCUGUCUGCUGUCAGCCUGUAUACGUAUUUGCUUGACGGACACCGUCGCAGCCCAUCUGUUCAAAUACGGCUGAUUUGUUUAAGUUUACUAUUGAUGGAUUGGAAAGAGGUUCAACGACAUCGUACUUGGUGUUUGAUGUGCUGAGGAAUUCGCUUCACGUAUUUCGAAAACAAAUAGAAGUUUAGAAAACAAUGGUUAUAUGAGAGGGUCUCGAGUGGCACUGCUUGCUUAGGUGCUCGCUGUGACAGGUGGAGCGCUGUUCUCAUUGUCUGUCAAAUAAGAAUACUCAUUGGGAAACUAAGAUUUAUAUGCUGUGAUAGUUAUGGCGUAGUACGGUGGAACAACAUGAGAGAGAGUGACCAGCAAGUAAAGUGGAGCGAGAAGUAGAGAUGCGCUCCAAACAGCAGCCGCGCCCGUCCUACCGUUGGCUCAACACGAACGAAAACGAAGAAGAGACCAGUCCAGAAAGCGGAGUGAAGGAGCGUGGAGACCGGGGGGAGAGGCAGGAGGGGGGAGAGGGAGAGGCGUCUCGCUCCGAGUCCCCUGCGUCCCGCACCUCCCCCGUGCCCGACGAGCGAGACGACAUCGAGCACAGCAUACCAGCUACCCUGAUCCAGGAUCCCAAUGCUGAAAGGGAGAGCCCGAGAUGUCUGUCCCGGGAGUCGUCGGGAGCGCCGCGCUGUCCCUCGAAUGACUCGGUGUACUCGAGCCGCAGCGGGGCGGGCCUGCCCCUGCCCGCGGCGCUGACCGCGGCGCUGCCUGCCGCACUGCUGCCGCCGCACUCCGCCGCUGUGGCCGCUUACCUGGGAGCCGCUGCCGCUGCUGCGGCCCAACAGCGCCUCCUUAUGUCUUGCCAUGAGGAUAUGACUGAUUCCGAUCGUGGUGACGCUGUUCUUGACUUUAGCACAAAACGUAGCGAUUCACCGCACGAUGAUGAAGAUAAUGAUGAUGCUGUCAAUCUUAGUAAGAAUGAAAAUGGUCCAUUGGAUUUGUCAGUUGGAACUAGAAAACGAGGCCCUGAGGACUCGCCAUCACCAGUCCCGUCUAGAAAAAGUUCUAGGCCAUCAGAAUUUAAACCUAGUCCCUCUCCGUGGUCAACACCUGUGGCCCCGCACCUGCCAUAUUUUGCAGCCGCCGUUGCCGCAGCUAGCCUGUCUCCUAAGGGAGGCGUCCCAUCCGACUGGAAUGGCAAACUUAAGCACGGAGCGCCUACACCGAGCGAUGCAUCUAAGGCGCUAGAGAAGAUGAGCGAAUUGAGCAGACUGGGUGGCGAAGAAUUAUUCCGAUCAGUACAAAGUGCCGCCUUGGGCGCUGGCUUAGCACCUAAUGCGGCCGCUCGUCACUCAGCUUGGCAAUCGCACUGGUUGAAUAAGGGCGCUGACCAAACUAAAGAUGUCCUGAAGUGCGUAUGGUGUAAGAAGAGCUUUAAUUCGCUUGCAGAUCUAACUGUACACAUGAAGGAAGCAAAGCACUGCGGUGUAAACGUACCUGUCCCUCCAUCAUCAGGUGCUCCUAUGCCGCCUUCCUUACAGCCUCCAUCUAGUUCGCCUUCUACUCCGUCACACAACUCGUCUUCUUCAAGCGGUUCAUCCAAACCGAGCCAAAAUGAUCUAAAUAUGCUUAUUAAGGAAAAUAUGCCAAUUCCCAGAAAACUUGUUCGCGGUCAGGAUGUCUGGCUAGGCAAGGGAGCAGAGCAAACGAGACAGAUACUGAAAUGCAUGUGGUGCGCCGAAAGCUUCCGCUCGCUUGCCGAAAUGACUAGUCACAUGCAGCGCACCCAGCACUACACGAACAUCAUAUCGCAGGAACAGAUUAUUUCUUGGAAGUCUUCGGAUGACUCUAGCAAGGGCGGAUCUAACUCUACCGCCCCGGGCGCAAACAAUGCUGUACCUCCCAACACAGGUACCAGCAGUCACGUGAGCGCCGUUCUUACAUGUAAAGUCUGCGACCAAGCAUUUAGUUCCUUGAAAGAAUUGAGCAAUCAUAUGGUGAAGAAUUCUCAUUACAAAGAACACAUCAUGCGUUCGAUCACCGAAAGCGGUGGAAGAAGACGUCAAACGCGAGAAAAGCGAAAGAAGUCUCUGCCAGUUAGAAAACUCCUUGAAUUGGAGAGAGCACAGCACGAGUUCAAAAAUGGGGAUGGUAAUGGUGUACCCAUGGGUAAACCAAUUAGAGACUUUGGCUCUGGUAGCCGAAUCACUUGCGAAAAAUGCGGUGAUAAAAUAGAGACUGCGGUAUUCGUUGAACACAUACGACAGUGUAUAGGUGCACCGAUGUCAAAUAGCCAAAGGAACUUUCUGAAGAGCGCGCUCUUGUCCAACAAUAUAAUCCCACCAGACGUUCCCGGUCACAUCACUCCAACAGGCCGGGAUGGGCGCAAGAGCACUAACGAGGAACUGCCGUCUCCUGGCUCUGCUCACCAUCGCUCCCCGUCCUCCGUGAACGAUUCCUCCCCGAGUUCCAAAGACCCAAACGCGAGCAAUGACAAAAGCUCGUCGCCUUCGGUACUCAACGCCAUAGAACAAUUGAUAGAAAAGAGUUUCGAUACCCGAUCGCGGCACACCGUGCCUGGCAUGCCGGGAGGAGCUUCACACGCUCCGAUCGGUUCCAGCAUUUUGAAGCGAUUAGGCAUAGACGAAAGCGUAGAUUACACUAAACCACUGGUGGAUCCCCAGACCAUGAAUAUGUUGAGAAACUAUCACCACCAGCAGGGGUACGGGCGCCGUGAGCGCAGCGGCAGCGAAUCCAGCUCGAUGUCUGAGAGGGGUGGAAGUAGAGUAGAGUCGCUGACUCCUGACAGGAAACUUGACUCUUAUCACAUGACCCCUCGCACCACACCUGAUACUCGCGGGUCUCAAACUCCAGCUUCCGAAGAUCGCCCUACCGAAGUCAGGAUAAAACGAGAAGUCGAAGAGGAAGAACGUGAGAAUGGAGUUGACUUAAGCAGCCAACCCGUGCGGGUGAAAACUGAGGUGGAUGAAGAGGAAGAGCCACCGCGACCUAGUAGCACGGUUGAGGAGGACGUCAAGCCUGUCGUGGCCAAGCGCGAGAGCGAAGGUCCCAGCCCUGCGGCCAGCCCGCGCAGCCCGGCUAGCGACCGCUCCGGCAACACGCCUGGCGCCGAGCGCAAGCCUGCGUCCAGUUUAGGCGCCCUGUCCUCCAUGUUCGAUAACCUGGCUGGAGGUGGAUCCUCCGGAGAACCCAGCUCUUCCCGCAGAGGUGGUAGCCACCCUUUAGCGGCAUUGCAGAAACUCUGCGACAAGACUGAGUCGAACCCUUCCCGCGCACCGGCUCCAGCGCCCUCCCCUGCCGGGCCGCCCAGCAUCCUGACUUUCAGCUGGGCCUGUAAUGACGCCGUUGUUACUGACUCUAUUAUGAAGUGCGCCCUAUGCGAUACGCCGUUCAUCUCAAAGGGUGCGUACCGACACCACCUGUCGAAGAUGCACUUCGUGAAGGACGGCGCGCUGCCGGAGCCGGUGCCGCUGAAGGCGCCGGCCGGGGCGGCGUCGCCGGGCGCGCACAAGAGCGGCUCCAACGCCGCCUCGCCUCAGGACCCGCGCAGCCCGUCGCAGUCGUUCGACGAGAGCCCGCACUCCAAGUUCCUCAAGUACACGGAACUGGCCAAACAGCUCUCCAGUAAGUACGUGUAGGCUGGAGCAGCAGCCAGCAGUUGUGAUGAUACCAUAUCUUGCUACGUUAAACCUUGCUAGGGUUAGGUCGCAGCCGCGACGCUAAGUAUUUCGAAACUCUUUGCCAAUUUAAUUAUUUAGGUAAUUAUUGUUAGAUUUCACCGCAUAGAUCGGUUAGUGUAAUAAAUUAAUAGCGACUUAAGUAUACGCCAAACGUCUUACGUUCGUUUUAGGUAUUAAGAGAAUAUUUUCAAAAUAUUGCCUUUAGGUGAUCGGUUGUUGUAAGGGCGGCAGAGCCCGUGGCUUAUCUUCCACACUACAUUAUAAUUCCAUUUCGAUAAAUGUAAAUAUAAGUCACAUUAAGUCAUAAAAUACGAUUCGAUCUCUUUUUGUAAAUGUAUAUUUUUUGCUAAUUAAUUCUUUGGAAAAAGAUAAAUCGUGGAAAUUAGUUUUCUUGGAUGACAAUUCGCCUUUCGCAUGUGAUUCGUCUUUCGUGUGUCGCGUAGUGGCGUCGACUUCAGUAUUUAACAGAUAAUUCGUUGCAAUAUCAUUUUUUUCGUGUUACUUAAUUUUUAUGUAAAUCAGAGUUAGGGUUAACGUGGUUAGUUUAUGUAUAUUUUGAUGAUUUUUCUUGUUUUAUUUUGUGAAUUUAAGAGGUCCGUCGAUGCGUAUAAUCUCGGAGAUUCAAUCUCAUUCGUUUCUGUUCGUCUUGUACAUACAAUUCGACAUAGAAUGCAAUAUAACAAUCUCCUUAGUGUAAAUUUUGCUAUAGGUAUGCUCUCCACGCGAGGAUGCUAUUUAUUAUUUAGUGUUAAGUACAUAAUAUUAGGUAAACUACAUCUGUGAACAAUU